AUGACCUCAAUUGUGGUCUCAGGAGAUGUUACCGUCACAACUUCCACGAUAGAUGACCCUGAAGAUAACUCCACAGAUGAUGUGAUUGGACCAACCGAGCUAGAAGAGGGGCUUGCUGGUAUCGAGCUAGUUGGCGUUGGCGGACUAGAGCUAGAGCUAGGACUAGAGCUCGUCGUCGUGGUCGUUGAGUCCGCUCCUGCCCCGCCUCCACCUCCACCACCGCCACCAACAGGAGGAACCACGGGCACACCACCAACUACAGGAAUAGCGAUCGGAGCCACAGGGACAUACGGAUUUCCAUCAGCAUCUACAGUGCUCGAAGACGAAGACACACGGGAGCUACUACUACCAGAGGACGAGGCGGUGCUGGAACUAGACGACGUUGAGCUUCUGCUCGAAGACUUGCUAGAGCUAGAAGAUCGCUUGCUUGAGCUCUUUGAACUCGAAGACGUUGAGGAGGAUCUAGAUGAUGUUGUAUUGCGAUGUGUUGUUGUGGUGUUGGUGAAGAAAUGA